GUAGUCAAUACCUGCAUAAUAUGGCCAAUAUGUAAUCUAAAGGACAGAUUAGGGAAAAAACAAAUCCUAACCCCCACCCCUUAUCUCUCGCCCUCACAACCCCAAAACCCACACCAACAAGAUUAACAAAGACUCCUUCUCCCUCUCCUCCCCUUAAUCCCUAAUCCCUAAAUCCAGUAAUCCCUCCCGCCAAGAAGAUGCCCCUCACUCUGCCACUGCCUCCCCUCUAGUGGCCCCAUCGAAUUCCAGGCGUAAGAAAGCAGUGGCUGCCCGGCCGGCCGGAGCUUUUUCUCCCUCCCGCUCCGAUCUCCAUCGGAAACCAACCAGUAUCCUGAUUCAAUUUCAAGGUUUCCAAUCCGAAUUCAUGCUUCUUUCUCGAUUCACCUUCGAAAUUGACAAUCCUCCUUCUAUUUUGACCUGACCAACAGACGCAGUCGUCCUCCUCAUCCGCCGCCGCCGCCAGUCCCUUCCCCCAAACCCUUAACCAUGGUUUUAGACGAGAAAGUCGUGUUAACCUCCCCAAUCACUCCUCCUUCCUCUAACGGCGUUGACAGCCCGCUCGCGGCCGCGGCCGCGGCCGAUGAUUCGAGCAAAACCCCGCGCCUACCGCGGUGGACGAGGCAGGAGAUCCUCGUCCUAAUUCAGGGGAAGAAGGUAGCGGAGAACAGGGUCCGCCGCGGCCGGGCCGCGGGGAUGGGCCUGUCCCCGCUCCAGCUGGAGCCCAAGUGGGCCUCCGUCUCCUCCUACUGCAAGAAGCACGGCGUGAACCGCGGGCCCGUCCAGUGCCGCAAGCGGUGGAGCAACCUCGCGGGGGAUUUCAAGAAGAUCAAGGAGUGGGAGUCCCAGCUCCGCGACGAGUCCGACUCGUUCUGGGUCAUGAGGAACGAUCUGCGCCGCGAGAGGAAGCUCCCCGGCUUCUUCGACCGCGAGGUGUACGACAUCCUCGACGGAGCCGCGGCGGCGGCGGCGCACGUCGUCUCCUCCUCCACCUCCGCCGUCAUCGCGCAGCCUGUUCCCGGGCUCUGCCUCGCCCUCGCGCCGGCGGCCGCGGACGGCGAGGAGGCCGAUGCGGUGUUUGACAGCGGGAGGAGCGCCGCCGCGGAGGACCGGCUGUUCUCUGACUUCGAGCAGGAGGAUGAUGCCGCCGCCGCCGCCCUUUCUCCGGAGAAGGAGGCGGCUUCGCCUCGGAAGGAGCCGUCGCCGACCCCGUUGAAGACUGCUCCGGUUGGGAUUGCUGCCCCAAUUCCAAUAUCAGAGAAGCAGUACCGGCCGCCUUCUCGUGAACCCCCAACUCAAGGUUUUGGUGCAUCAACUGAGAAACACCCGUCUUCAAACCCCGAAACCAGCUCGGCCGCUCGGGAAGGUCGAAAAAGGAAGAGAUUUGCAGGCGAGGAGGAAGAAGCGGAAGAUGAAACUGUUGUUGAUGUGCAAAACCAAUUGAUUGGGAUAUUGGAAAGGAAUGGAAGGAUGGUGGCUGCUCAACUUGAAGCACAGAACACCAACUUUCAGUUGGAUAGGGAGCAGCGGAGGGAUCAUGCUGAUAGCUUGGUGGGUGUGCUGAAUAAGCUCGCAGAUGCUCUAGGGAAAAUUGCUGAUAAGUUGUAGCAGGGGGGAGAAAGAGUUUUUGCAAGAGAGUUGUACAUAACAAAGGAAAGAAGAGGGGAUUGCAUAGAGUGGUUGAGAUAGGGUAAGAAUUUGGAGUUAUUGGGGGAUUGGAUUUUUUAUUCAUCUUAGAAAAAACCACAAGAUAGCAUGAGUAGUAGAUUGAUGGGUUUAGUUUCCUUCUAGUCUUAAAAUUUUUUCCCUACAUUUUUGUAUGGCACAUUUGUUCUCCACGCUACUGGUCUGUUAUAUAGACAAGACAGCAGACAGGCAAUAA